AUGCUGUUUUUACAAACAAACGGCUGUCUUCCCGAGUUCUUUGAUGUUCGCUUGGCAGCGUUACCUCAAAUAGCCCGUCUUUUCUCUCGUAGCUCUUUUGACGGACCAAUAAGAGAUAUGUGGGAGGUCGAAGAUAAUGUCUCCGAUACAACUUCGAAUGAAGAUAAUGCAAAUUUAAGUGAAGACCAUAUCUAUCGCAACAAUAUAUCUAGUUCAAUUUUAAGUAGAAACAAUUUCCGUGCUGUAACUUUAAGCGGAAACAAUACUUCUACGACUUUAAUUAGAUUCUCUGCUACGAAUUUAAGAGUUAGUAAUAUUUAG